AGCGUGGCCGUGAAGAUCUUCUCCUCCCGGGAUGAGCAGUCGUGGUUCCGUGAGACAGAGAUCUACAACACCGUCCUCCUCCGGCACGACAACAUCCUGGGCUUCAUCGCCUCCGACAUGACGUCGAGGAACUCCAGCACCCAGCUCUGCUGCGGCCUCGUCCACCUCCACGUGGAGAUCUUCGGCACCCAGGGCAAGCCCGCCAUCGCGCACCGUGACCUGAAGAGCAGGAACAUCCUGGUGAAAAGCAACCGGCAGUGCUGCAUCGCAGACCUGGGGCUGGCUGUCAUGCACUCCCAGGGCAGCGACUACCUGGACAUCGGCAACAACCCCCGGGUGGGCACCAAGCGCUACAUGGCCCCCGAGGUGCUCAGCGAGCAGAUCCGCACCGACUGCUUCGAGUCCUACAAGAAGACGGACAUCUGGGCGUACGGGCUGGUGCUCUGGGAGAUCACCCGGCGGACGGUGGUGAACG